AUGCCUGAACUAAAGGUCUUCACUCGCGACGAAGUGGCCAAGCACACAUCUGAAAAUGAUGCAUGGAUUAUCAUUGAUUGUGAGGUUUAUGAUAUCAGCAAAUUUGCUGCCAUGCAUCCAGGUGGAGAAGCUCUUUUGCUCGAAUACGCUGGCAAGGAUGUAACUGACGAUUUCUAUGGAUUGCAUCGCCAAGAGGUGUUGAUCAAGUAUGCUCCUCGCUUGAAGAUCGGCACCAUUGCAAACGAGACGCCCCAGAUUGCUCUUCCUGCUCCUGAUGCCAUUUCCAAGGUUCCCUAUGCCGAGCCAAGCUAUUGGAUGGGAUUCAAGAGCCCCUAUUUCAAUGAAAGCCAUACCCGUUUCCGCAAGGCCAUGCGUACCAUCUAUGCCGAUGUCAAGCCCGAUGCUAUUCUUGCUGAGGAGAUGAACCAAGCACCUACCCAGGAAUUAUACAAGAUGCUUGGUGAGGAAGGUGUAUUGGCAUCCCAAAUUGGUCCUGGCCCAUGGCUCAAGGGAUUGAAACUUCCUGGUGGUAUCAAGCCUGAAGAAUUUGAUUAUUUCCACGAGAUGAUUGCUCAUGAAGAAACUGCUCGCUUGGGCACACCUGGUUUUGCCGAUGGUAUUUCGUCUGGCUAUAGUAUUGGUCUGCCUCCAGUCUUCAACUUUGGCCCCAAGCAUCUUAAGAAACGUGUGGUACCUGAAGUCUUGCUCGGUCGCAAACGUAUUUGUCUUGCAAUCACUGAGCCUUAUGCAGGAUCAGAUGUUGCCCGUCUUCGCACUACAGCCAAACGUACUCCUGAUGGCAAGCACUUUAUCGUCAAUGGCGUCAAGAAAUGGAUCACCAAUGGUACCUUUGCCGAUUAUUUCAGCGUAGCUGUGCGUACCGAAAAGGGCAUCACCAUGUUGUUCAUUGAGCGUGGAGAAGGUCUCGAAACUAAGGGCAUCAAGACUUCCUAUUCAUCGGCUGCUGGUACCUCGUACAUCACUUUUGAAAACGUCAAGGUUCCUGUCGAGAACAUCUUGGGUGAAGAAGGCAAAGGCUUCCAAGUCAUCAUGUACAACUUCAAUCACGAGAGAUGGUACAUUUGCUGUGCUAUCAUUGCUGGUACACGUUCCAUCGUUGAAGAAUGGUAA